AAAAGAUGGUUGAACUGGGCUUCAGGCACAUUGUUGGAGUGGACGGCAGUAAAAACAUGCUGGAACGAGCUGCAAAGACCGGCGUCUAUCAGGACCUCAAACUGGCCUUACUGGGACCAGAACCACUGCCUGCACAUACUGACAUGUUUGAUGUAGUGAUCACGGUUAGUGGUCUGGAUGCCGGUUAUGUGCCAGUUAGUGUUGUCAGGGAGCUCUGCCUCGCCGCCAAACCAGGAGGUUUUGUCUGCAUGUCGAGAGGCGACUCCAGAGGAACAGAGGAAUACAAGAAGGAACUGGAGAAAGAGCUGCAGCUGAUGGAGGACAAAGGACUGUGGAGUCUAGUAGGAGUCAAAGAGACGGAUGAAUACAUGGAGGACCAACAUCUGACUGCUGAGAGACUCAAAGACCUGCAGCCAGAGGAGCGAUACAUCAGUGGGAAGGUUUAUCUCUACAAGAAAUCCAUGAUUUAGUAGAAAAUAACAGAGAACCUUGGAGUUGGAGUGGACCUGGAGUUUCACAGGCACAUCAGAUAUCAUGGAGAUUCCCACAGGAAUGAAUGGACUUCCGGUUGCCUCGUCUCACUACACAUACGUAAGUGAAACGAGUCGUUAACUCAGAGACAAAGAAACAGAUGAUUAAUAUCAAACUAUUUUCCUGUGUAACCCUUCAGUGCCUGAAUGUGUACACUUUAACAAUGUGAGGUUAAAAGCAAAUAAACUGAUUCUAAAUCAAACCAGCUGUGUGACGUGAAUUGUUCAGGUGUAGUUGACCAUGAAUGAAAGUGACCCGUGUUGAUGACAAACUAAUGAGUUUAAAACAUAACCAUGUGUGGCUGUGACCAUCACACAUGUACAUAUGAAAAGGAUCAGACAUGUUAUAUCUGUCUUUCUAUGAUCACUGCUUCUCCCUCCCUCCUUUCUAUUGGUGCAUCACUUCCUGUUUUUUGA